AUGAAGGCGACAAGUGUUAUCCUAUUGUGUGCUGUGCUCGCCCUGAUGGCUUCAUCUGUCAUCUCCAAACCCGUGGAUAACGCUCCCUCUGUGUCCGUGCUGCGGUAUCGUAAUGACCAGGAUCUGGAGGCCAUUCAGCGAGCAAUCAUUGCUCAGUACCAGAACCAGAUCGGAGGAACCACACAAGUGCACGCUCCACUCACGGCUAAUGUUAUAAACCCAUCAAAUUUAAGAGUCAACUUUUAA